UUUUUAACGGGAAAUUUUUUAAAAUUUUUUAAGGCCUCUUCAACAUUUUUUUGCUUCUUUUUAGACGCUGCCUCGAUGCUUCCAUUCCCAUAUUCUCCAUUUGCUGCUGCUCAACAUUUAUUUGGAUAUAAUGACCCAAAAUUACUUAAGGAUGCUAAAAAGACGGAAUUUGUUAAAUUUAUGGAUAUUUGUGAACACUUUUUUAUUUCACAUCCAGCAUCUGGACAAAAAGAAGGGCAUGAGCUUGAAAGAGUUAUGCUUUUUCUGCCUGCUUCAGAAACCUUAACAAAACAAAUGGAAAUAACUGGAAUGGCUGAGGCUAUAGUUAACUUUAGUGCCAAUAUACUUUUUAAUCAGCCAAAGGAUACUGAAAUUAAAGAUGGAAAACAACAAACAAAGCCGUUGUGUAUAAAUGGUGAUGAUGAGUCUGUUGAUUUUAGAUAUAUCAGUUCAUCGACAUCAAAAGAAGUUGUUCUGGUUGUUGAGAAUGGAGCCUUCUUUAUUGGUGUUUCUUUGAACAGGAAACUUUGCAAACAAUUUGAUUAUUGUGUCCAUUUACCAACCAUUCGAGCAUUGUUAGAACGUGCCUACAACGCCUACAAACUCUUUUAUGGCUCCUUUAGUGUUGUAUUUAAUUCUGAUUUGGUACAUUUUAAAAACGUUUUGGAUACGUUUUUUGCUCCAUAUUUACAAUUACUUAGAGUUUGCAAGACUCCUUUGGUUGAUUUGUUUAGUGGAGUCGACUUUCUCCCACUGGGAAGCCUCAAUUUUCUUGAAGUUCAUUGUCUGGUGAGAUUUAUUUUUUAUUAUUUUAUGAAGAUCCGACUUAAACUUUGGCGUUUGCACCGUCCUCGCCUCCCAAUUAAAUUUUACGGCUUAUUGGUGUAG